AUGUUAAAGUACGUGAAGAUCUCACCUGGUCAAAAGAAAGAUAACAACGGGACUAACAGCAGCCACCAGCAGGAGAAGAGAGAGGCGGGACAGCAACGACAGAUAGAGACGACCCCUGUACCGCUGGAACGGCAGAACGAGGAGACGACGCGGGCAGAGAGCCCACUACCUGCAACGAACCCAGCAGCCUUGGAGGAGGAGCCGCAGGUGCCUCCGAGAUGUUCUGAAGCUGGCAGGCGCAUAAACAUACAAGGCCUUGUUACCAUUACGGUGGAGCGCACAGUGUUAGUGGUCCGUGUUUUGGUGCCGCAGUACUUCGCGCUGCUGUUCGCGCUGCUGCUGUCGGAGCUGUCGCUGUCUGUGGCGGCGCUGCUGGCGCGGCGGCACGUGGCGGCUGACCUGCAGCAGCGGCUGCAGCGCCAGCUGGCGCAGCGCUACGGCCUCGAGUCGCAGGCCAACGGCGGCUUCACGCAGGCCGUCGACGUCAUGCAGUACAAGUUCCACUGCUGCGGUAUCCGGGACGACAGCGACUACCUGCACACGCGGUGGAAGAACGAGAGCGCCUCCUCCAACAGCUACAGAAGGAACGUGCCCCUCACCUGCUGCACGCUCGCCAACACCGAUACGACUAAUUCCGGAAGUCCUAUCAGCGUAGUCUCCAGGGCGUUCAGCGGAACGGUGGAGGAACCGUGGCAGACGCCGAACCCGGUGGACGAGCGAGCGUGCCAGGACAAUAACGACGCGUCGGGGGCCAGGCACAGCAGGGGCUGUUACCUGCAGUUAGAAGCUUGGUUCAAAACAGAGACGACAAUUCUCAUAGCUGUGGGAAUCAGCACUGCAGCAUUCCAGGUUAUUGGAAUGGUUAUCUCUCUUUUCCUCUGCCAGAAACUUGGAGAUGAUGUUUGAAUGUAAAUAGGAUCUUGUCUCACAGUCUUCAUUCUUGAGGAAAAUUUGUUGAUAAAUGUCUACUAUCAGCUGUGAUGAUGUUACUAUAUUUUUUCAGUAGAUUUUAUAAAUAAUGUGUUUUACUUGCUCAGAAAAACUGAAAUGCUAACAACUGAGUAGCUGAUAAGCAUAAUCAAUGGGACAGUGUCUUUAUUCUUACCAUGCAAUCUCAGUCUAUUAAAGUUGAAAUUGUUCAGAAUUUUUGGCUGUUCAAGAUAUUGUUAUUGUAGAAUUGUAAAUUGUUUAAAUAUGUGAAUGUAGGUUCUUAAUGUAACUGACAAAUACAAUAAAGAGAAGAGUAUUUUGCACAGAAAAACUAUUAAAUAUUUUCAGUGUUUUGUAUGUUGGUGAGGUUUGUUAACAUACAAAUGGCUUCAGUCUGGUAUUUUAGUGCCUCUGUAAUUGUCACUUACUCGUGCUGUCUGACAUGGUUGCCAAUGCAGCUGUUAUUAAAUACAUUCAUAUUUUCAGAUAUGGAAAUGAACUAUGUUUCUAAAACAAGUUUUUUACAUCAUGCAAGUAUUAUUUUGGUGUUUGACUUUUUGUAAAACAAUUGUAUAAUGUGGUUUUAAUACACACAUAGACACAAAAUUUGAAUUCUAAAUAUUUGUCCAUACCUAAGCAUUGCAGGUAGGACAUAAUAACGAAAUAAAACUUAAACAGAACCUCUGACAAUAAAAUCUGAGGUGCAUCGCAGUAACUAAUAUUCUCAACAUCUGAUAUGAAUGCCUAACUGUAUCUAUGAGAGGCUUAAUGAUUCCUAACCUAGACCACAAUCAACAACUGUUGAACACCUUAUACUGAUCUGUCAUCUUUUCCCUCUGUCACUGGCAGGCAGUGAGAUGUGUGACAUAUACUGACUGGAAACUUGAGAAUACACAGAAGAAUCUAUUGUUGCAUAAAAUGUGAAUAAACAAAGCUUGCAGUUUGUCAAGUACAUUUACGGCUCCUAACAGACAAUAACAUGACUGCAUGAAUUCAUGGCUUCAGCAAAUAGCCUAAAAUGCCUGUGCUCUGACGCUUUCUAACAGACUUGGUUCCCCACACUAUAUCUGUGAUUGAUGGCUGUAUCACUCAGUACAGUGUGCUAAGAGACCUAAAGGUAUGUGUAAAUCAGAACUAUAUUGUCACACUCCAGCAUCUGCAUAUUAAUCUUCAUUGAUAUGUUACUAUUUGAAGAGAUUAUUUUCAGUAAAAUUUCAUAUACCUGCUAUUACUCUCCUGUUAUAAAUUCAUUCAGAGAAUUUUAUUGUCAGAGGCCCCAAAAGUGCCAUAUAUUAAAUUUGUGGUGUACAGUGAACCCUAAAAAAUUCUGAAAUACUUAAUAUUAAACCUAUAGUGAAGUACUUGCUUUACUGCAAUACUAUGGGACUACAUUUCCUCGUAGUUUGUGAAGUAUCUUAAUUUCGAUUUAAAAAUUAUGAAUACAGACAAUUACAUAUCUUGAAGUAAAAAUAGUUUCUUACUUAUGUGUUUCGUUCUAAAAAUUAGAAAUGUUCCUCUUCACAAUCUUCUGUAAUACCAUUAUAGUUGAACAAUACAAGCAGAAGUCAUUUGUAAAAAUAGUGUAUCUUCAGGUUGCAAUACCUUGUACAAAGAGAAACGCUGUAAUUUUUCUAUUUACUGAGACAUGUGUAACUGACUGCAUUACCAGUUUAAAAAAGUAAGGAAAAACGAGAAAGGCAAUGACCUGCAGUGCUUUUGAAAAUCCCAUCACACGAAAUUGUUAUGUACAAAAUAAUGAAGAAAGUAAGAUCAGAAGAUUGUUUCUUUUUAAUUCAAUAGUACUUCUGAUUUACCUACUGUCAUUUUCUCAUAUGCUGAUUCUACAACAUAUCACAAUAUGAUUCUAUUAUGUAAUUAUACCUUUUUUUUAUUUGUGAGUUUUUAAAUAGCCCAACACAAUUCUAAAACUUAGUCAUAAGAAGGCUAUUCACUUGAAUGUAGAAUUAAAAAAGACAGUCAGAAAUAAUAAUUACUUUAGUUACACAUUUACUAAGUAACUAUGAAACUAAGUGCAUCACUUUGAGAUGUUAUACUCAUACUCACUGAAGCUAUGGACUGUUUAUAUCUCUACAGAGAAACAUAUUUCAGUAUUUGAUUUGAAUACAAUAAUUCAGACAUAAAAUUGUAAAGGUUUUUGUCAUCUCUAAACUGUCUCACCUUGAAAGUGUGUAACAUGAUUUCUGUUACACAUGAAGUAGCACUUAUACCAUUGCUCAGAAAAAAUUCUAAGGAUUUGUUUAUGUUUGUUGCUGUGUACAUUUUGUGACUAGUCAACACUUUAUUGGAGAAAACAUAAAACAGAAUAUAUUUUACAAAAAGAAAUGUCUUUAAUCUGUUGUGAUUAAAUAUUGGUUGCCAUAAAAUGAACCACCAUUCAUAUGAAGUAGUGAAACUCUACAUUCAGCAUGGUAGUAAAGUCUGGAAAUCAGUAGGGAGAGACAUGUAAAGUACCUUCAAAAAUAAAAAAAAUUGCAUUUAAUGAGUUAGGUAUUAUUAAAAUAGUUCUUGACAUACAAAGCUCAGACAUAAGGACUACAGUUAUGCAAAAUUGUAGGGAUGCCAAUGAAAAAGUUGAUUAUAGGAACUAAAGAAUUUCAAAGGUUGUAGUCCCCACAUGACUACAGAGUGUAUUAUGUUACCUUAAACAUUGUGCUAAAUAGAAUCCUAUUUUGUAAAACUGAAGGCAGAGUAUAAUUUUUUUUAUUGGAAGGGAACAAAAGUUCACAACUGUCAACACUACAGUAUAAAUAAUGCAAAUAAUACAAUAAGGUAAACUGCACAAAUUUUUAUCAUAUAUGACAGUAAAAGAAGUCUUGUACCUAUUUACUGAUGAUUGUAUACAAAUUCUUGUAUCUCUUUCUCA